UUCAGAUAGAUACCUGCUGGAAGGCAAACAUGAUCUGUAGCUGUUGGUAGUUUAAGAUUGGUGCUUGACUGGAAGUGGUCACUGCAGCUCUGCAGGCUAGGGGAUGCUCCAGAUGUUGUUACUUGGGCUUGUUAGUUGGUUUAUGCUUCACUGUGAUGAUUUUAUUACAGAGAGAGAAUUGUUAGGUUUAUCUGCAAGCAUUAACUUGAUACGAGUGCUUCAGUACUGGAGGGAAAUGGACCUACGCAUAUUCUCAGCCUACAGAAACCACUGUAUGAGUUUGACUGCUAGUUUAGGAUUAAAGUGUUGUUUCAGAGAACAGAUGAAGGGAGUUUACACAACUGCCCUAGGGCACUUAAACUGAGUGGUGGACAGGACCAAAAUAGAGUGCUUCCCUGGGAAUGGUAGUUCUGAAAGAAAUGCUAGGGAGCAGAAUGUAGGUGAGGUUAGGAGUGGGAAAACAGUAACAAGAACCUAAGUCUCCUUUAAGGAAUAUGCCUGAUGGUUGUGUGGUGCCAUCUUUUGGUGCAUCCCUCCUCUUCUGUUUUGUUAGGUUGCUGACAGUGAAAGACUUCCUCUCAAAGCUGUUUAAAUGAGAAUGUCCCUGGCCCAAAGAGUACUACUGACAUGGCUUUUUACGUUACUCUUCCUGAUCAUGCUGGUGCUAAAGCUGGAUGAGAAAGCGCCGUGGAACUGGUUCCUCAUCUUUAUUCCAGUCUGGAUAUUCGAUACCAUCCUUCUAGUUAUGCUCAUUGUGAAAAUGGCCGGACGCUGCAAGUCUGGCUUCGACCCUCGCAACGGCUCCCAGAACAUCAAGAAGAAAGCCUGGUACCUCAUUGCAAUGCUGCUCAAACUGGCCUUCUGCCUCGCCCUCUGUGCUAAACUGCAGCGAUUCACCACCAUGAAACUGGCCUAUGUGUUCAUCCCUCUGUGGGCCCUGCUUAUCGGGGGUAUGGUUGAACUUGGAUAUAAUAUCUUCUAUGUACGAAGAGACUAAACUGUAUUGUGUGGGUUUAACACUGAUGCUGGUACCAAGUUACUGGGUUAUUACAGUUUUGCCACAAACUUGGUCUCCAAAUUAGAAAGCCAAGUUAAGAAAUCAGCCAGGCUGGAGACUAAACUGGACUGAAGACUGAAAGUAGACUUGUUCCAUUUUUUUUAUUGUAAAACUGUCACAUAUGCUCUUGUAAAUAAAAGUAUUUGUUCAACAUAA